AUGCUGAGGUGCACCCGUGCCCUCUGGCUGGCUGACCCUUCCCCGGAAGGACACGAGGAGCAGAGCCCUGCGUGCCCAACACCCUGUGACCGCCCUGGCCGGGUUAUCCCGGCAUCCCCAUCCCCACCGUUCCCGCACAGCCGCCGGUGCAGCCCACAUGGCGCGGCGCGAACUACAAUUCCCAUGAUGCCUCACAACAACAAAAAACGCGCCCGCCCUCGGCCCAGCGGGGCGCGCCGCGGUGCACGCCGGGAUUUUAGUUCUUUUACCGCCGCUCGCCGCCCACGAUCCGUAACGCGCCCCCUGGAGGACUCGCCUCCCCGUGACGCUCCUCGCGCGGUGACGCGCGCGGGCGCGCCGGCGGCGCGGGGCGCGGGCCAUGUCGGAGAGCGCGGCGCGCGGCGGGGCCGCCCGGCGGGCGGCGGGUGGCGCGGGGGCCGCGGCCGACCACCGACCCGGCCUCGCUGCCUCCCGGCGACCGCGCAGCUCAUCGCCAUCAUCGUGGAGCAGCUCAAGAGCCGCGGCCUCUUCGACGGCUUCCGCCGGGACUGCCUGGCCGACGUGGACACCAAGCCAGCCUAUCAAAAUUUGAGGCAGAAAGUCGACAACUUUGUAUCGACCCACCUGGACAAACAGGAAUGGAACCCAGCCAUGAACAAAAACCAGCUACGGAACGGGCUCAGGCAGAGUGUGAUUCAGUCAGGAAUGCUGGAAGCUGGAGUGGACAGAAUUAUUUCUCAGGUGGUGGAUCCAAAACUAAACCACAUCUUCAGGCCCCAGAUAGAGAGGGCGAUUCAUGAAUUUUUGGCUGCACAAAAGAAAGAGGAAAGUGUGCCAGCUCCUCCUCCAGAGCCUGAGAACAAGGAUCCUCCUGCUCCAUCUCAGGAUGCCUCCUAAAGGGAGUUCUGAUACUGAGCAGCUGCAGUUGCAACAUGCCCUGUUAGAUUGGCAACGGAUUGCUGUUCCCUUUGGUGCAGGACUGCUGUCUGCCAAAGAUGAAUAACCUUUAUCAGACCUGUGGGAAGGCAUUGAAAUGGUGAAAUUCGGGUGCACCUGGAGUUCUGUGUGCAGAGGCACAGCCAGAGUGUGAAGAUAUUUUUGCUGUGAACUGCAGAGAGCAGCAUGUAUUCAUUAGUCAUGGGAGUGGGAAGGAAAAGGGAGUUGGCUGUUGUCUGGAGGGGUUUGAGAUGAUACUAAUAGCAUGAAGAAAGGAAAGAGGUUUUGGGGUGGGAUAUUCAAGUAAGAGCUGUCAGAUGUCCUUGGAUACAAGCCAGAUGAGAGGAAGCAUCUUGCACCUUGGCUGCAUAACACAGCACUGAGUAGUAGAUGCCAAGUCAGGUGUAACUGCCUGCUUUAGGAAGUACAUUUCCUGUUUAAAACUGGAAAUAAAGCUUCAGGAUCAAUUAUCUAGAUAACCUCUGUUGCAUCACAGGAACACGUUUACAGUUGGCUAUGACUAUAGCUGAUUUAACUCUUAUUUCCUAAGGAGCUCUGGGAAGCAAAGGGCAGCAGAGCAGAUGAUCAGCUUAAAGACUUCUCUUUCCUGUGAAAUUUCUCAGGUGCCUGGUGGAAACUGUCCUAUGCUUUCAGCUUGAAUGCAUGCAGUGUCCUCUGGAUGACAGUCAAAUAGAGAAUGUGAUCAACUAUUCUGCCAGCAAAUGUCCACACCUUUUUGCAAUAAAAUAUUUCAAAAAGCAUCUCUGAGCCCUGGCUU